GUGUGUGUGUGUGUGUGUGUGUGUAUCACUCGUAAUGUCGCUUCGUUUGAUGUCGUGUUCUGAAGAGUCGGCGGAUGUGGCGUCUCUCAUCCUGCGAGAGUGGGACUGUUACAGGCCAAACCCACAUCAGCUGUACUCUACCAGGGUACAGUGUUCACUAAUAUAAAACACCAUGGUAAAUGCAUGUUUUUUGCACAGUCCAACAAGUAUCCAAGCAGCCGUCUGGGACAAUGGUCAGUUAUACAGUCAUGGCGCAGGAGAGCGCGGCGCAGUACGAGCCGGUGGCGGAGAUCGGCGGUGGCGCUUACGGGACGGUGUACAAGGCUCGAGAUAGAGACAGCGGGCAGUUUGUGGCUCUGAAGAGUGUGAGAGUGCAGACCAAUCAGGACGGCCUUCCUCUGUCCACGGUGCGAGAGGUGGCACUGCUCAAACGACUCGAGCAGUUCGACCAUCCCAACAUCGUCAGGUACAGAACAGACACAGACACACUCACUCACUCACUCACUCACUCACUCACACACAGACACACACAGACUCACACACACAGACACACAUCAUCUUUCAGACCUCUCUUCUGUGGAGAUUCAGAGGUGGACCAGCUGAGCAAGAUUUUUGCAGUGAUCGGCCUGCCGGCUGAAGACGAGUGGCCCACUGAUGUCACUCUGUCCCGGCAGAACUUCAGCCCUCAAGCCCCUCAGCCAAUCACAGACUGCCUUCCUGAGAUCAGCGAGAAGGGGGCGGAGCUCUUACUGGAAAUGCUGACGUUCGACCCGUUGAAACGAAUCUCUGCGCUGAAUGCUUUGGAGCAUCCGUUCUUUACAGAAUGAGUGCUUUAUUCCCAUUAUUCACUGUCAUCUGUGAGCUGAGCGAGUGUUUUCAGCGUUGUUCAAGGAUGAGCAGGUGUGAUGAUGAUAGACUUGAACUUUUAAGUGUCAUAUUUCUCUGCCUUUACAGUGUAUUGUGGGUCAGUGGAACAUUAUCAUUAGCAGGUGCUACGACACCGCAUUUCAUUUCUGGUGAGUGUGUGUGUGUGUGAGUCUGUGAGUGAGUGUGUCUCUCUCUGUGAGUGUGUGUGUCU